AUGAGAGACCUGGACGACCACACGCCCGAUGAUAUCUACUGCGACAGUCAGGUGUUUGACAUUGCGUUCCACCCGUUGGCGGACAUUGUGGCUCUCGGGUCCAUCGAUGGCGUCGUGCAAGUUUACAAGUACUCGGAAGAGGCAAAUGCAAAGAUUCUGGAGAUCAAGAACCACCAAGAAGCUGUUCGAGCGCUGCUGUUUUCGCCUGACGGACAGACGCUCUACACAGCGUCCGCAGACAAGUCGAUUCGGGCUUUCGACACGCUCGGCAAUCCGACGUGGGCAGAGAUGCGAGCGCACAACCACCCAGUGAACCGUCUGCACGAGCUGUCGGUCAAUGUGUUUGCAAGCGGCGACGACCAAGGCUGCAUCAAGAUCUGGGACACGCGGCAGCAUCGGUGUUUGUCCGAGUUCAAGGAGCACAAGGACUAUAUAUCUGGGUUCGCGACCAACCCGGCGCAAGACCAUCUACUCGCGACGAGUGGCGACGGACGCUUGUCGGCCUACGACUUGCGCAAGAACGUUCUUGCAGGCAAAAGCGACGAGCUCGACGACGAGCUGCUAUCUGUUGCAGUGAUCAAGGGCGGUCGAAAAAUUGUGUGCGGCGCGCAGGACGGUGUGCUCGUGAUUUUCAGCUGGGGUACGUGGGGAGACAUGUCCGAUCGCUUCCCUGGUCACCCGGACUCGGUCGAGGCUUUGCUCAAGGUGGAUGAAGAUACCGUGCUUACGGGAUCGAGCGACGGCAUCAUCCGAGUAGUUCAGCUUCACCCGAACAAACUGUUGGGACUCAUCGGCGACCACGAAGACUUUCCAGUGGAGAACUUGAAAUUUUCGCAUGACAAGAAGAUCAUUGGUAGCGUUUCACACACUAGCAAGGUGCAUUUUUGGGAUGUGGGAUAUCUUUUCGAAGAAGACGACGAUGACGAUGAGGAGGAGGAAGUCGUCGAUGGAAGUGAGGCCAAGGCGUCCGCUGAGGUGUCGUUGGACACUGAAAUGCGGGAUGCUGACAGCGAUAGCGACAGUGAUGUUUCCGACGCGGGGAAUGCAGUCAAGGGCCGUCGGGCGUUUCCCACGGCCAACGAGCGGUUCUUUUCGGACUUGUAG